GGCGGAUCUCGAAGGCGGGGAACCUAACGCAGGGAGAAUGAGCAGUAUUUCCUCGCUCCUUCAGCAGAUACCUUCUCAUUGCUUUCUUGGACUGCUGUAACCUUGGCAUUUUGUGCUCUCCUCUCCUAAUUGUUCCAACUGCUCUUUCAGUCUUCAGACUUGCUUAACGCCUCAUCCUGCGGCAGCCGGGGCCCGGAGCACGUGCCGGAGACUCAGAGACUCAGCUGCUCAGGAAUCCUGAAGAUGCUUGGAGAGGGAGCCCGGGAGCACCUGGACUGUGCCCCUGCCUGCCCUCACCCUGCUGCACUGCCCCCAGCCCUGGGGGUGAGUCCGGAAGUGGCCACAGCCCAGCCAGCCCGGCCUUCUGCUCUGAGCCUGUGACAACCUGUGUAAGCUCGGCAGUGACAGCUGGGGAGCAGGGAGCUCUGACACCUCUCGUUGUCGGCCCUCGCCCCCAUAAACUGCCAGAGCUGAACCUUCCUUCUCAGUCCUGGACCUGCACCCACUUCUUUAAGGGAAGCUGACUCCACCUGCAUUCGAUCCCCCAGUCCUCCCUCAAGCCUGGAAGCUCAGCCCACCCUGAUCUGAUCCGGCCACAGCUACUUAGUGGUGAGAGCUCAGCCUGAGCUCGGUGUUCAAGAGGGGAGAGCAGAGCUGCUCCGAGCUGGGUGUGGCUGUGUAGACCAGGGUGCCUUCCCUACCACACUGACUUACUUUCCUAGCCUUUUUUGGCUCUCUGCUUUGCAACCCAAUGGUCUUGAUGCACGGCGUUCUCUUUUGUGCACCCGGACUGGUCUAGGCGAAGCCCUAGGGCCGGAAACGCCGUCAGGGCUCCUUACUUGACUCCUUCCCACCAUGGAACAUGCUGGGCCUGAGCAGCCGGGCCCUGAUCAGGUCGGAAGGGCAGAAGCCGUCACCUGGGAAAACCACGAGGUCCCCUUGGGAUCCCAGGAGCAGCCUCAGAACGGGAACGCCAGAGACGCGGAUGGAGAGAGAGAGCCGGGAGAUCCAACUCCGCUCCCUGCCCGGGGCGGGGAGAACCUCGAGCGCCCCGUACCUGAAGCCCAAGCGUGCCCACCUGGGCCGGCCUGCGGGAAGCCACCCGAGGUGGAGAUGAUCGGGGCCUGCUCCGGGCCCCAGGAGCUCCCCCAGUCCCCGCGGGCCCGGAAGCCCGAGCCGGACUUCUACUGUGUGAAGUGGAUCCCCUGGAAGGGGGCGCGCACGCCAGUCAUCACGCAGAGCGCCAAUGGCCCGUGCCCUCUGCUGGCCAUCAUGAACAUCCUCUUCCUGCAGUGGAAGGUGAAGCUGCCCCCCCAGAAGGAAGUGAUCACUGCUGAGGAGCUCAUGGCCCACCUAGGAGACUGUCUGCUGUCCAUCAAGCCCCAGGAGAAGUCAGAGGGACUUCAGCUCAAUUUCCAGCAGAAUGUGGACGAUGCCAUGAUGGUACUGCCCAAGCUGGCCACGGGGCUGGAUGUGAACGUGCGCUUCACGGGCGUCUCUGACUUCGAGUACACGCCCGAGUGCAGCAUCUUCGACCUCCUGGGGAUCCCUCUGUACCACGGCUGGCUUGUGGAUCCACAGAGUCCUGAGGCUGUGAGCGCAGUUGGGAAACUGAGUUAUAACCAGCUGGUGGAGAAGAUCAUCACCUGCAAACACGCCAGUGACCCCAACCUCGUAACGGAAGGCCUGAUCGCAGAGCAGUUCCUUGAGAACACUGCAGCCCAGCUGACCUACCACGGCCUGUGUGAGCUCACUGCAGCUGCCAAGGAGGGGGAACUGAGCGUCUUCUUCCGGAACAACCACUUCAGCACUAUGACUAAGCACAAGAGUCACUUGUACCUGCUGGUCACAGACCAGGGUUUUCUACAGGAGGAGCAGGUGGUGUGGGAGAGCCUGCACAAUGUGGAUGGGGACAGCUGCUUCUGUGACUCCGACUUCCACCUCAGCCAUUCCCUGGGCAAGGCGCCUGGAGGAGAAGUUGGGAAGAGCUCCCCAGAGGAGCAGCUGCAGGUCGACCAGGAUUACCUGAUUGCCUUGUCCCUGCAGCAGCAGCAGCAGCCACAAGGUGCGCUGGGCCUUACUGACCUGGAGCUGGCCCAGCAACUUCAGCAGGAGGAGUAUCAACAGCAGCAAGCAGAACAGGAGCAGCCUGGGCAGGCUCGAGCCCCAUUGCCCCAGGGAAGAGGGACCACAUCUGGACGGCCAGCCAGGGAGUGGCAUCAGAGGCCGAAGCACCAGUCCGACUGCAUUCUGCUGUAGCCCUCGGCUCCGGCUCCGGUUCCGAGGUUGUGAGUGGUUUGUUUGCUCCCCCACCUCGGCCCCUGAGACACAGGGUAACUUAUUCAUGGACUUGGGGUCAGGGCAGGCAAGGACAGACUCAGCAACACCCUUGCUGCCCUCGUGUGCUGCUGCCUUCUCUUCCUCCCAUCCAGGCAUGGGUGGGGUGAAGAUUUCUAGUUUCCAGUUCCCUUUCCCGGAACGGUGCGAUCUCUCCUACUUCUCCUUCCCUUUUUGGCCUGCCUGGGGGCUCCUGGUUACUCAGCAGGCCUCUUUCCAUUUGUUUCAGGGUUUGAUUUGGAUUUCUAUCUCUAUUAUUUGUAAUAGCUGCCUAGGGUUUGGAAAUAAAACUUCUUUCCUGA